CCCUCUAUCUCUCUUUCCCUGCCUUGACAGCACAAAGAAAACAAACCUGUUUGUCUGGCUACAACCCCGGAAACUCAUAAAAGAGAGAGAGAGAUAGAGCAAGAGAGAGGAAGACAAAAUGUAAGAGAGGGGGGGCUUUCAGGAUUGACAAGAAUAGAGGACGGCUGUGUUUUUGCUGGGUUACAACUCUGAGCAGAGCUGACUGGCGUAGCCCACGCCUCAGUGACUAUUCCGAGGUACAUUUGAAUGUUACAGAUGCGAGGGAGAGUGUUACACCAUACGCAAGCUGCGCAACAGUGGCCUGGGCAUGCAGGCAUAAAGCGGUGAGUAGGAGAGAGUGGACAGAAUGGAGAGUAGAUUGAGAGAGGGGAAUCAAGAUUGUUCAGUGACAGUUUAGCCUUGCGCUUUGUCUUCUACACUUCGAAAUGUUAUGGGAUUACUCUCUGGAUUAAGGCUCUCUGGGGACACAUUUCUCCGGCACGUUUCCCCAGACAGACAGACAGAGACUCUCCCUUGACCCCUCCCUCAUACAGCUGUCACAGGAAGACAGCAGACGGACAGACACAAACAGAUCGGCAGAAAGGCGGACUGACACCUCUCAACUUGUCUUCAGGACUGCCACCAGGCCGCACAGCUUCGCGUAGCCGAUGGCGACAGUGGAGAGCGAGUCAGGGUCUUCGCAGCCUUCUUCCAGCAGCGAUCGCCAGCUUGUGAACAAGGCCCUGAAGAGGCUAGAUAAACUAAACGGGCUGUGCACCAACCCUAGGCUGGCCUUGAGGAACAGCCCACCUUACCUUCCUGAGCUGGUCUCAGAGACUUCCACGCUGCUCUCCCAGAUUUGGGAGCCCUACCGGGGGACAGCGGGGGCUGGGGCCACAGGAGGGCAAGAGUCACUGGGGGACGAGACAGACUACCUCAGGGUCCACGUCAGACAACUGCUGGAUAAGACAGACCGAGCCAUCCUGCUCUUUAAAGAAGGACGGGAUAAGAUGUUCGUGGAGACUUCCAACUACAGGAGGAACUUGACCAAGCUGUCCCUCCUCUUCAGUCACAUGCUCUGGGAACUCCGAGCCCUGUUUCCCGGGGGCCGUUUUCAAGGCAACACCUACAGGCUGACUAAGACAGAGGCUGGAGAAUUCUGGAGGCGAGCUUUCGGAAACAAGUGUAUAGUGCCGUGGAGCAGCUUCAAACAGCAGCUGCGUGGUGUCCACCCAUUCGAGGAGGGGAUGGAGGCCAUGGCUCUGAAGUCCACUGUGGACCUCACCUGCAACGACCACGUCUCUGUGUUCGAGUUUGACAUCUUCACGCGACUGUUCCAGCCUUGGAGGUCUCUGCUGAGAAACUGGACCCAGCUGGCCGUGACCCACCCAGGCUACAUGGCCUUCCUCACCUACGACCAGGUCAAAGGCAGACUGGGCCACUACCUGCAUCGUCCAGGAAGCUACAUCUACCGUCUAAGCUGCACACGCAUGGGACAGUGGGCUAUCGGUCAUGUGACCAACAACAGAGGCAUCAUACAGACCAUCCCAGAGAAUACCCCUCUCUACGAAGCUCUCAUCCAGGGCUUCAGAGAGGGCUGCUACCUCUACCCAGAUGGGAGGGAAUUGAAUCCAGACCUCACCAGCCUGUGUGAACCUUCCCUGAGAAGCAGGGUCAAAGUUACAGAGGAACAAUAUGAGAUCUACUGUGACAUGGGGAGCACGUUCCAGCUGUGUAAGAUCUGCACAGAGAGAGACAAGGACACUCGCAUUCAACCCUGCGGGCACCUCCUCUGCCAAAUCUGCCUCAGAGGCUGGCAGAAGUCCGAUGGCCACACCUGUCCGUACUGCCGUUGUGACAUCAGAGGAAUGGAAUCCAUAUUGGUCGAGCCCUACCUGCCCAGUGGAGGCGUCGAGGAAGAGGAGGAGGAAGAUGACUUCGAGGAUGUGGAGCUGGUGAUGAGACAGCUAGCCGCAAUGAAAAGGAUGUCUAGUGAGGGCUACCAGGUCCCCGUCUCUCACCUCUCUCCGCCUCUCCUGCCCCCCAAACUGAGCGUAUCCUCACCCGGGCCCUCAUCACGCUCUGAGUCAUGCCACCAUGUGGCGGACACACCUGUGAAACAUGCACACUCAUGCUUCUCCCACAGUCAUGGAUUGACAGGCAGAGACCUGACACAUCCCAACAGUGCCACCAUCAGAUGCCAGUUGGAGGAGCUCACUAACAGCGAGGAGGACAAUUCCUGGGGGGCUCAACAGCCUCGGUCACACACCUCAUCUAACAGGUCAGCAUUGCCUGUCUCCAGUGUGGAGGAGUCCAUCUCACUGCCAGCCCAGCUGCCCUCCUCGUUUACGACCAGUGGAGAGGGCGGAGCAGUCUGGAAUGGGCCUUCUAUCCCACAGAAGAAGAAAGGGAGGCUAAAUGAGAGGGGUGCGAGGACAGCUGAGCACAGGAUGAAAGGCCACGAGCAGAGAGAGAUGGAGAGAACCAUGUCAUCCUGAUGGAGGUUGAGAAUACCAACAUCAGCUGAGCUUGGGGAAGAACUCAACCAGACCUCGGUGGGAAUCAGUGAUAGAAGUGGAAUGAGGAUGCAAAAUAUGAUGUGUUUUUCAAGUGUGGAAUUAUGUAAAUGUGGAUAUUUUAAUAGGAAUUGUAAGCUGCCUUUCUAUGAAUACUUAUGACUUUGGAAACAUACUACCUCAUUGUUGUCCCAUAAUUAAACCAACUGACAUCAUUGACUUUUCAUGACCGACUACAAUGUGGGGGCCGGGCCCUUCAUACCUAGAUAAAGAAUAUUAUGUUUGUCCAAGAGGAAUAAAAUCUGUCUAACUCAAAGCUUUUGGGUCC